CAUUAUAUCGUCAUAUCCUACGAAUAAAGCCACUCGGGCCUUUGUGGCUUUUUAUUUUUAUUCUUUAUUUGAAAUCUACGGCUUAUUUUACACCUAUUUGUCUAAUAAACCUAUAAAAUAAAAACUUGUAUACGUAAAAAAAAAUGUUUUAUUAAAAAGCCACUAUUUCAAUUUCUCGAAUCACCCGCCGAAAAGAGCCACUUAAGUCUACAGUGACUUUCUUCUUCGCGGGAGUCGAAGGAAGCGGGGUCUGGGGCGGGGCGCUCGGGCCAUUCGGCCAUUUUUCCGCGGAUACGCGCGCGUCGUGCAUCAAAUUCACAAGCCGGCCGGCCGGUGGUGCCAAAAAUAAUGAAACGCCGAGGACUUAAACUGGUUAAUUUGUUUUUCAGUAAAGAGAAAGUGACGAAAAAUGCCCGUAAACGAGUACAGUCCCCGGUACCACCAAGAAACGAGGAGGAAGUAUCAUACUUAUUAGAACAUUUAGAAUCUGGUGUACUCAACAAUGAUGACGACAAUGAAGAUGAUCCUGAUUCUAUUUGCAAGAAUACACCGGAGUCAAUCAGUCAGAACAUCACCGACAAUCUAAUAUUACCUACAACAUCGAUUACUCAACAAUAUGAAGUAUCACAAAAUGUGCUGAUUGAAGACGUUUACCACUUACCGUUUGCUGAAAAUACUUGCUCAUCUGUCAUAGAAGAUGAUGAGACCACACAUGAUAUUAUGACUAAUAAUGAGCCUGCCGUGGAAGAAAAUAAUAUGUUUCCAAAUUUAUCUAUUAAAUCAAUUAUUGAUCUUGUACUAGACAGCCCCAACACAACUUUUAAUAUACCUUCCCCUUUUGUUUUGACAAGCAAAAAGUUUUAAAUUGUCCAUCUGGUGACGUAAGGCGUAAGCAUAUUUUAAUAUAAAAGAAAGUUAAACCUUUAUGAUUUUACUGUUUAUGACAUGGCCAAAAAGACAGGGUUUUGUUACAUGUGGACGGAGACAAAUGGCAAGAUAUGUUGUGAUCUUAUGUCAUUUUUGCAACCAUUGAUCGAUGCGGGGACUAAUCAAUUUAGAUUUUGGUCAUAACUGCUGUGGGCAGAACAAAAACCGAAUGGUUUUUGAAAUGUUUCAAUACAUUGUUAAAAAUAAUUAUGUCCACAGCAUAACCCAUCGAUUAUUGGAAGUGGGACACACCCAAAAUGAGGGUGAUUGUGUGCAUUCAGUGAUCGCAUUUUACUUUAAGUCAUUACAAAAUUAUAAUAUCACAAUUAAAUUAAUCUCGGUCUUAUCCUAUAAGACGACAAAAUAAAAACAAAAUAUAACUAUUAUUAUAUACCACAAAAAUGAUAACCAUACACCUGAACAAUGGUUCAACAUUGUUAGAUGGUCAAAAACAACAGGAGAGCCCUAGAGUCAAAGAAAUGACUCUAGGUGACAUACACGAUUAUCGGGCAUUGUUAGAUGGUAAAAACUGGACUAAAAAUGACAACGGAGAAAAAGUAGCUUGGAGUAAAAUCAAAGUUCAGGUUAGCAAAAACAAUGUCGAUGUAAUCAAGUAUAAGUAUCAACUUGAUGAAGCGUUUAAAGAAAUAACAACACUAAAAAAGAAAACAACAAGAGGCAGAGGAAAAGAUUGUAUAACAGAUAUUAAACAAGCUAAUACUACAAACUUAAAAAUAAGUAACGAUAAAUACAAAGACCUCACCUUCUUAUGUGAAACAAAGAUUAUACCAGAUGAAUUUCAUCAUUUUUUUUAAAACAUUACCUCGAGAAUACCAUGGAGAGAACAACAAAAGCGAUGAUGAGUCUGAAGAACAUAAUGAAUAAUAGUUAUAUUUUGUUUUUAUUUGUCGUCUUAUAGGAUAAGACUGAGAUUAAUUUAAUUGUGAUAUUAUAAUUUUGUGAUGACUUAAAGUAAAAUGCGAACACCUUCUAUUUCGUAAAAGAAUAAUAUUUUUUUUAAUAAGAAUAUAUUAUUAUAUAAAUUUUAUUAAUUUAGUUCAUAGUACACACCAUUGAUUAAUCAUUAAGUACCUAUAUUGUUACUUUAAUUUAACAUGACGUUGUAAGGUUGUAAAAUUACUUUGUACAUGGUCCAAUAGAAACUAGUUUUAUUUAUAAUUUGACUAUUUGUUUUCUUUCUGAAGUGGCCUGCAGCUACCUAAUUUUAUGUUGCUAUUAG